AGUGCUGCACCAGUUGUUAAGCUUUCUGGUUUAAGCAUUAAGUCCAAUAAUAGUGCAGUAUAAGAAACAAUGGACGAAAUAGCUAUUACAGGUAUAUCAGGGAGGAUAGCGAAAUCCAAAAAUUUGGAAGAAUUUAAAAACGCCUUGCUAGGAGGAGUGGAUUUAGUGACUCAUGGUCAUGGAAGAUGGAAUUGUGAAUUUUUAAACACUCCAAAAUCCAUCGGAGUGAUGUGUAAUUUGGACAAAUUUGAUGCAGGAUUUUUUGGAGUAAAUCCGAAGCAGGCAGAUUGUUUGGAUCCAAGAACGCGUCACUUAAUUGAAUUAUCGUUCGAAUGUGUUCUGGAUGCAGGAAUAAGCCCUCAGGAGCUCAGAGGUUCUAACACUGGAGUGUAUCUGGCUAUAGCAGAAAAUGUCAACAAAGGAUAUAUGGACAGAUCCUUAGCGGUAAUGGCCAAUUCCAUUUCAUUCUACCUCGACCUUAAAGGACCUAGUAUAGCUUUGGAUGCUGGCUGUUCUGCUAGUGCCUACGCCUUAUGUCACGCAUUUGAAGCAAUGAUGUGCGGAAGCUGUGACAGAGCAUUGGUUUGUGCUGCGCAGUGCCAUUUACAGCCUCAGGACAGCGCGGAAUUCAAUAAAUUAGGAGUUUUGAGUAAAGUUGGUAAAUGCAGAACAUUUGAUGAUGACAGAGAUGGAUACGUAAAAUCGGAGGGCAUCAUUUGCAUCCUCAUCGAAAGAGUUGAAGAUGCCAAGAGAAUAUAUGCAACCAUAUCCGGAAUCGGAUCUAACAUAGAUGGUUAUAAAAGUGAGGGUAUUUUUAACCCAUCUUCGGAAGGUCAGUUAAGUCUUCUAAAGAAGGUUUAUGACAAAUUUAAAAUUAAUCCCGAUGAUGUCGAAUAUGUCGAAGCACAUGGCACAGGUACCUUAGUGGGUGAUAUCAAAGAAUGUACUACGUUAGCGUCAUUUUUUGCCACAAAAACCAGAAAAACGCCUUUGAAAGUUGGAUCUGCCAAAACAAAUGUUGGUCAUUGUGAAAAUGCAGCCGCUUUUGUUUCUCUAAUGAAACUCUUGGUUACCAUCCAAACUGGAACCAUUCCAGCUCAUAUUCAUUAUCAAACACCAGCUUUGGACAUUGUACCCCUCGAAGAGGGACUUAUAGAGGUGUGUAGUGAACAAAUUCCUUACAAUGGAGGUUUGUUGGCUUUAAGCUCCUUCGGACUUGGUGGUACGAAUGGUCACGUCGUAAUUAGGCCAUAUUUAAGAAACGUUCCUUCAAUUACACCCAUUCAACCACCAAAAAAGCGUUUGGUCUUAAUUUCAAGUCGUACCGAGGAAGGGGUGCAAAAAAUAUUUGAUAAAAUCGAAGAAAAUAGAAAUAACCUACCAUUUUUAACUAUACUGGAUAACAUCGCUGCAAGUUUACCAAUUGAACAUUACAGAUACAGGGGCUAUAAAGUUUUAAACACCGAUACUACGGGUAUUUCGAAGUGCAAUAAUACCAGGCCAGUAUGGUUUUCGUAUAGUGGUAUGGGUUCACAAUGGCCCAAGAUGGGUAUGGAUUUGAUGCAUAUAAAUGUAUUUAGAAAAAGCAUUGAAAAGUGUGCUAACGUCCUGAAACCGUUUGGUUUCAAUUUAAUAGAUGUUAUCACGAACCCGAAUGAACAUUAUGAUGAUCCCGAAAAAUGUUUUCCUGCAAUUAUAUCGGUUUCAGUUGCGCUGACGGAUAUUUUGAAUGCUGUUGGUAUAAAACCAGACGGAAUAAUCGGGCACUCUCUAGGAGAAAUAGGUUGUGCUUACGGAGAUGGACUGCUCACACUAGAAGAAGCAGUCCUUGUUGCUCAUGCUCGAGGCUUGUCAACCAAAAAAGCAAAAUUAAUCCCAGGAUUGAUGGCCGCUGUAGGUCUUUCUUUAGAACAGAUCGAAAAAAUACUCCCUAAAGAUAUCUACGUCGCUUGUCACAAUUCUUCUAAUAACGUUACUAUCUCUGGUCCAAAAGAGUCCGUAGAAAACUUUGUAAACUCGCUAACGAAAGAAGGAUAUUUCGCUAAAAUCGUCAAUACACUUGGUGUAGCUUUUCACAGUAACUAUAUCGAGAACGCUGCGGUAUAUUUUAUUGAUAUGCUCCGAAAAAUCAUUCCUAUAUCGAAAGAGCGUUCGAAAAAAUGGUUACCUUCAGCGAUUUCAGAAAAUGAAUACGAUUCUUACCUGGGAAAGUUUAAUUCUGCCGAAUAUCAACAUCACAAUUUCCUCAAUAGAGUCCGAUUUCAGCAAGUUUUGGCGAAGGUUCCUGAAAAUGCUGUUCUAAUAGAAAUAGCUCCCAGAGGACUUUUCCAAUCAAUUCUUGCUAGAAGUUUACCCAAAACUGUCACUAAUGUCAGCCUUUCUAGUAAAGAUGCUGAAGACAACUGCGAAUUUCUUCUAUCGUCUAUCGGAAAGGUUUAUUCGUCAACAAACAUUCCAAUUAAUCUGACAGCUAUUAAUGACGAAGCUCCUUUACCACUGGAUGCCAGAACUCCAUUUAUUUCGCCAUUGGUACAAUGGGACCACGCAUCCAACUGGGCCUACGACACAUUUGUUCCUGAGAGGACAGAAGGCAAGAUGUUUAGUUUAAAUUUGAGAAGUAACGAACAUAAACAUAUGUGGGGUCAUGUGGUAGAUGGCACACCUGUUUUUCCAAGCGGUGGCAUUCUGUUUUUAGUAUGGUCCACAUAUGCUUGCAACAACGAACUGAAACUCGAACAAUGUCCAGUUAUUUUCGAGUUUGUCCAGUUCCUCCGACUUGUCAAUUUAACCGACACGUUAGAGUUUUAUGUUAACAUUUUCACUUCCGGGCACUUCGAAGUCUUGCAUAAUCACGAACUAAUAGCUAAAGGAAAAAUAUCGACUCUCCAAUCGUCAGAAAAAACAUCAGAACAAGAUUUGGGCAAAACCCUCAUUGGUUCAAAAGACAUAUAUUCAGAAUUUCACUUGAGAGGAUUGGAUUACAGUGGGUUAUUCCAGAAAAUUGAAAACUUAGAUAUUUCUGGACUAACUGGCACAAUAGUUUGGUCGCAAAAUUGGGCCACUUGUAUAGAAUCGAUAAUUCAGUGUAUUAUUUUUACUGAACACAACGAUACUGUCAAACCAAGUAGUAUUAUUGAAGUCAAAAUUGAUCCUUUACAACAUAAAAAUGCCAUAAGCAAGAAACGGUUUUUGAAAUACUCCUACAACAAAUUUAAUAAGACUGCUAUAUGUGGCGGAGUGCGAAUAAAAAAUAUGACAUGUUCCAGAGUUCAACGUAAAGAAAAUUUGAACAUUCCGUACCUGCAUUAUUUCGAUUAUGUUCCUUAUGCAAUAAAAUAUCAAAGGCAGUUAUCAAAUCAGUUAGAAUUUAGUUUGUGUAUAACUCUGCAAAUUGUACAUGAAAACCGAACAGCUACACUUACACAAGUUUCGGAGUUGUCAUGUUCAGAAAACAAUUUAAAUAAUCAAAUUUAUCACUUAAUUCACAGGAAAUACUUUAGAGUUUUUAAGUAUUCUUUAGUCAAAGAUAUCAGUGAAUUAAAAACCAAUCCGGAUUUACUAAUUCUACCUGUUUGUCAAGCUAUACCUAUUAAUGGAGCACUAAACAUGUUAGGGCAAGCAACUUUUAUAUUUUGUAAAGUUGAAAGUAAAGACCUGAACAAAUUAAGCGAUGAUGUUAUCUUUGAAUGUUCGGAAGGAGAGUUUAGUUUUGUUUUGCUUAAAAAAGCUGUCGAAAUAUCAGAGAAAUUUACUGUUAUAGAAGCUGACAACGGUGAUUUUAAGUGGAUCGAAAAAGUCAAAGAAAGUUUAUCAAAAAUUGACCACACAACAUACUUAAUAAGUAAAUCCUUAAAUACUGGACUAAUAGGAUUUUAUAACUGUUUGAAAGAAGAGCAACAAUCAACUAAUUUGAGAAUUUUCAUCAUAGAUAAUUCGGUGGAUUUUUAUCCAACGUCUGAUUUUUAUUCUGCUCAAGUUAAGAAGAAUCUCGGUAUAAAUAUUUAUACCAAGGGACAAUGGAGCUCUUUCAGAAUGAUUCCGUUAAAUGAAUUAACGUUUUUCAAAAAUCCGGUAGAUGUCGCUAUGGAUAUUUUCGAUAACAAAAUAGAAUGGACGGAAUUCAACACUUUACAAAACAAGUUUGUGAUAGUUAAAUAUGCGACUUUAAGUAAUUGUGAUACAAAAAUGUACAAAAGCGAUUAUAUUAAUGCCAGUUAUGGCUUUGGUAUGGAAUUUUCUGGAAAAACAAAAUCUGGAAAAAGUAUUAUGGGAAUAUCAACAAGGGGCUGUUUGAAAACUACCGUUGAGCCUGAAAUAUUUUGGAUUUUGCCGGAUAGCUUGAACAUUUCAUUAGAAGCAGCUUCGACGAUUCCUUUAGAUUACACCUUGGUUUAUUAUGGAGUUUGUUACCUCGGCAAACUAAAACCAAACGACACUAUUCUUAUUUCUGGAACAGACAACUCCAGUUUAGCAGCAGUAUAUUUAGCUGUUGAAAAAGGAUGUAAAGUUAUCAUAGAUAUAUCAACAUCCCAAGAACUUUCUCGUCUACAAGAUUUUCUGGAUGAUUAUAACAAAGUAAAUACUGUAUGUUCCGAGAACGAUACUUUUCUAGAAGAAGUUCUAAAUUUGACAUCCGGCAGUGGUGUCAGUUUGUUAUUUACCAGCGACGAAAGAAAUAUAAACAAAGCUUACGUGGACGUUUUGGCUAACAACUGCAAGUUAAUAACUCUGUAUUAUAACAGAUCCGAAAUAGAUAGUGAUAUUUUGAAUGCGUUCAGCUUGAAACGGUGCCAAAUAUAUAGAAUUAGCUUAAAAAUGUUGUUGGAACACGAAGACGAGACCGCCUUAAGCCUUAUAAAAUCGGCGAUUCAAUUAUACUUAAAUAAGAACGCAUUAAAACCUUUCCAUUACACCUCAGUGAACUCUAUGGAAUCUGCUGACGUCAUGAAAUAUUUGGACAGUGACCCAGAGAAAAAACUAGUCGUAAAUAUGGUUAACGAUACGUUUACAAACGUUAAAAGAAGAAUUAUUUUUGAUUCUGUGAAGUCCUAUAUUAUUGUCGGAGGUUUAGGAGGUAUCGGUAUGGAGUUAGCUAAAUGGCUCAUUCGGCAUGGAGCCAAAAAAAUAAUUUUAAACUCCAGAAGUACUGCUUUAAGUAGCUACAAGCAAUACUUAAUAGAAAAUUGGAAAGUUCAGGGAGUUACUGUAAUAGUUAACUCAUUCCCUGCUCAAACUAUUGAAGGAGCAACUAAAUUACUAAAGUCCUCCUCCGAUUUAGCACCAGUAGGUGGAAUUUUCAAUCUAGCCAUGCACUUAAUCAAUAAAACCUUUAUUAAUCUAUCACCAGAUGAUUUCCUUCAAGUCGUGUCACCAAAACUACACAUAACCCUAAACAUGAGCAAUUUAUCUGAAAAAAUGUGCCCAAAACUUGAGCAUUUCGUAGUAUUCUCAGCCAUGGCAGUUUUGGGAACUCAGGCGGUUUCUAAUUUUAGCUUCGGAAACUCUGCAAUAGAAUUGGUUUGUAAAGAAAGACAAUCCAAAGGGCUACCAGCCUUGGCUGUGCAGUGGGGGAUGAUUGGUGAUGUUGGAUUCACCACAAGAGCAAAUCUUAAAAAGAGUCAAAUAGAUAAUUUGCAUAGUAUUUCGUCUUGUCUGGAAACUUUAGAACAGUUGAUGUUGCAGGAGCAACCUGUUGUGUCCUCUUCGGUAUACCUGUCGAGCAAUGACAGUGAUGACAGUGACGAGCAAAACAGUGGCGUUUUGGGUCACAUAGCCUCGAUUUUGGGUGCAAAAAGUACGAAAGAGUUGGAUAUGAAUAUUCCGCUGAGCAAUUUAGGAAUAGAUUCAAUAUCCUCAUUAGAAAUUAAGAACUUUUUAAUAGAAUUUUUAGGAAUCGAAAUUGUAGUAUCGGAGAUAAGAAAACUAACAUUAGAAAAUAUUAAGAAUUUACAAAUCCAAAAUUCUUGACUUUUUAAAUUGGUAAUUAUUUUAUAUAGUUUUGUAGUACAUUUAUAUUAUUGAAAAAAACUCAAAAUUUAAGUGAGGAUGUUAUUAUUGUAUAUAUGAAAAUUGACAUUUUGACUAUUAAAAAUUUACAGAACAAAAUUUAUUGAGCUGAAAUUGUUAAUAAAUAGAUAUAUUUUUGUAGUGUAUGAUUGUAAUAUAUUUUGUUACAUUCA